AUGGAAGGCGUGUCCCUUCGUGAGGCUGGCGCCCAUGUCAGACCUGGGACUCCGCUCCGCAACCAGAUAUACCCAGCAGAUGUAUCAUUAGACGCCACCUCCCGGCCGACUGUUCGUACGCCCUCGCCUCGAGACAGCCCUCAACUGCAACCUACAUAUCACCUCAUCCCCGAACCUGAGAUCAUGCUGUCCUCACCACGGAAAUUCAGCUACGCUUCAGUCAAGGAGGACAGUACCCAAGACACCCCGCAAUCCUUUGCGUCGUCUUUGUCCUCAGAAGAGUUGGAAGAGGUCGAAUGGAUUGCCUGGCCCUGCAGCCAGUGGUGUAGGACAAAGGGUCUUUGUUCACACCACUCGGGCGGAUCUCAUGACGACUACAUCCAGGCCCGACUCGAGGGUUAUGCUCGGAGCAAUCCCCGCAAGUUGCAGAAGAUCCUUCAAGAAAUCGAGAAGAGACACAAAGCCCAACGCUACGGUAAACUACCAUCUGGUACCGUAGUCAGACUGGGACGACACAGAAGCGACUCGGGCCUGGACAUCUGGCGCGAGAAGCUCAGGAAAGUGCUGGCUCAGCCGGACGUCGAAGAUGAAGCCGCCAUUGUCUCCGACGAGGAGGAUGAUGUCUCAACGUCCUCGCGGUCCGGCACUGAGCUAGCGCCACUCGAAAUGCUGCCAAACGAGAUUCAGGACUUGAUCUUCUCCUACACCACCGUCGACCACACUGCGGAUCCCUAUGCCCGGCCACACACCGAUCUGUGCUCCCUCUCGCUGGUUUCUAAGAGCCUCCACGCAGCAGCACUGAGGGUCAUGUACCGCCAUGUAUCGAUCCCACAGUCCAAGAGCUUCACCAAGUUCCUACGCAGUCUGACAGAGGACGAGUCCUUGGGCCGCUUCGUGCAAUGGCUGGACUUCUCCCACUACUCCAACGUUGGCUUCGGCCGAGCACGAUCGACGUCCGUUCGCACGCCAUUCCUUACGCCUACUACGAUCAAAGAAUGCCUCGACCGCCUUCCACUGCUGCAAGCAUUCCUUGUGCACGAGCAUGUCGAUGACGAGCUGGAUACCCAUGUUCUCACAAAGCUGUUGCGCAUGCCUCAGAUGCACGCUCUCGACUUCACAGCCUGCUCCUCAAAGGCAUUCACUCAGUCGUUCACCCAAGUCUGCUUGGGCGAGUCUUGGCGCGACAAUAGUAUGAUCAGCUUGGGUAACUACUCGCACCCACUGAAGCGCCUGUCUCUGCAUGAAUGCACGACGCUCCAGGAGCCAGUAUUCGAGGCUCUGCUCCCUCGUUUGACCGACCUGACCCACCUCGAUGUGGCGCACACUCUCAUCAACGAUGCUGCACUUCUCUCCAUUCCUACUACUGCCCGCAUCACUCAUCUCAACCUCGAACGCUGCACUCGUUUGACUGGAGCCGGCGUCGUCCGAUUUCUCACCACUCACCCAGCGGCUAAGGACAGCAUGGUAUAUCUGAAUCUCAUGGCAGAUGCCUCGCGACAUAGACUGCUCAGCGAGGAAGAUGUCGCGCGCCUACUACCGGCUCUCCCGCGUACGCUGCGCUCACUUAAUAUCGGCGGUGCGAGAGUCAACCCGGCACAUAUUCCAGCAUUGCGAAGACUGACCGCUUACGUGGAGGAGCUUGGACUCAAGUCGGCUAACUUGGGCCUCAGCACUGACAUCACUCGCCUCUUUGCCAAUGAGGAGGACAAAACCUAUCAGAGUGCGAUCCGCUACAUUGAUUUGAACGAUAUCAAGUCGGUCACGCAGAUGAGCCUGUCAUACAGCCCAACCGCUCUGACCGGUGCACAUACCGAGCCUCUCGAGGUCAUCGAGGUCGGAGGUUCGGUCCUUGACGAGUUGAAGCGACGAACUGCCAAGAUUAAGGAUCCCGAUUGGGUUGUCCGAGAGCUUGGAAGGCGUGGCUGGUACGCCCGUCAGCCGAAGAGCCAGGGACCUGUGGAUGACGGGAGUAGGUCCUGGAAGAUGGGGGCACAUUGGUGGGGUAUGAGGAAGAUCCCCAUGGUCGCUCAAGACGUUGGUGGCAUGUACGGAUAUUUCAUGUUCAAGAGGAACUAA